AUUCUUCAACUGCCGCUGGACGUGAUACUGCUAGUUGGAGAUUACCUAUCUUUACACGACAAGUUCUUUCUUUCGCAAACUUGUCGAGCUUUUAGAAACAUCAUGGGGCAGGACUGGGAGUCGAAGAUCUUGAGAAUCUCUCCAGCCGAUGAGCUGACAUUUUGGGCAGGCCUGGCAUUUGUUUUCGUGGACUAUUGGGCUUGUCCGAAAUGCUACAAGCUGCAUCAUUUCAUUCCUUUAGACUUACUAGACGAGAGUCUGUCCAGGCACCCUCCUCUCUGCGGGGUCGAUCUCUCUCGAGGGGCGUUUGCGGAAGAGAGUUAUCGUCUCCAGUAUCACCACAUACAGCUCGCGCUAAAGUUCUCCCGCCUGGGCAACAGCUACUACUCGAAAUACCUGGCAGCAUUGAUGAAGAAGCAUACGUAUACGGACGCGUCAACGAGAGACCUCUUUUCAAAAUCCUACACGGCCGAGCCCAGGAUUAUAGACAGCCGAUUCUUCCUGCGAGAAGAGUGGAAGAUCAGCAACUCCAUAUUUUCCUUGGUCGACACCAUCGACAUCCACCGCUUUCUCAUCCCCGUAUGCCCACACUUACGCAUCAUCUGCGGCGGAGUCUGGCUUUCCCGCAGGUGCAAGGAGGCAUUCGGCAGGAUAUCUAAACACGCACGUGCCAUCACCGGACUCGAAGACGGGAUCGAGUCGGCUUUGGCACACCCAGGGCAGUGGAUAUCUGUUUCUUGUCCGCGUUGCCCUACCGACUGCGAUAUCAAAGUCUCCAAGGGACUGAAUAAGGUGAAGGUUAUGGCUUGGCACGAUUUUGGGAUAGAAGGGUCGCCGUUGGAUGGCGGCUGGGAGGCCCAUGUUGAAUCUGGGUCUUACACCGACUGGCUUACGCCAGGGCCUACUUUGGCCGAUCGAAACAACAGUGUUCGAAACAUAUGGUCGGAU